AACUCCCUGCUCGAAGAGGCCGUCUUGGCCACACGACAUGUAAAUCAUGCCGCAAUAGUGAGGAUAAAGGAUGGAGUGGUCAAGGCACGGUCGCCGCAGUUCGUGAUGGCCCCGUCAGAUUGGACACGAAUACAACAAGGUUUUGAAAAUCCCCGCGAAGUACGAACUCACGAUGCUGGCAUCACUCUCAUGGAUGUGGGAUAUAGAGCAAUCAGGGCAGACAGAUUGGCAGUGUAUGGGAAAAAUGGAAAAGCCGGGAUUAUAAUAGCUAAGACGCAGCAAUAUUAUAUAAUAGGUACAUACGAUAGCGGGAUGUUUGCAAGUAUAGCUGCGGAAGCAGUGGAGAAACUCGCAGACUAUCUGCGCAAGAAGAACAAGUAAUGCGAUCGUGUCACCUUGGUAGGACGAUAGCCACCAAAUAUAUUGUAUCAGCCGU